UGAAGAGUGAAGCCGAUUCAUCAUCAGGAUUCAUCACAAUCUCCAGUUUAAAGCUUCUCAGUCUUUCUUCAAGGAACUAAAAGCACAGCAGCUAAACUUCAUGGCUUCCUCCAGCAGUGUCCUGUGUGAAGAUCAGCUCCAGUGCUCCAUCUGUCUGGAUGUGUUCACUGAUCCAGUCUCUACUCCAUGUGGACACAACUACUGUAUGAUCUGUCUCAAAGAGUUCUGGGACAGCAGUUCACACUGUCAGUGUCCAGUGUGUAAAACGACUUUUGCUAAAAGACCUGAACUACGUGUGAAUACGUUCAUCUCUGGACUGGCUGCUCCAUUUAGAAAGUCAGUUCAGGUGAAACCCAGCAGUGCUGCAGAAAAACCCACCCAAUCUCUGGUGCUCUGUGAGGCCUGCUGUGAAAAGAAAUGUGCAGCUGUGAAGUCCUGCCUGACCUGUAUGACCUCUUACUGCAAGACUCACCUGGAACCUCAUGAGAGAGUGUCUUCAUUAAUGAAGCACAAACUGAUAGAGCCUGUGGAGAACAUGAAGGACUACAUCUGUCAGAAACAUGAGAGACCCCUGGAGCUGUUCUGUAGAGACGACCAGACGUGUGUGUGUCAGUUCUGUACUGAAACAGACCACAAAACUCACAACACUGUUCCUAUAGAGGAGGAGAGUGCAGAGAAGAAGACUGAGAUGGAAAAGACACGAGCAGAAGUUCAGCAGAUGAUUCAGGAGCGUCUAAAGAAGAUUGAGGAAAUCAAACACUCUGUAGAACUCAAUAAUAAAAACACAGAGAAGGAGAAAGCAGAUGUUGUGGAGAUCUUCAGUGCUCUGAUGAGCUGCAUUGAGAGAAGCCAGGCUGAGCUGCUUAAGGUGAUGGAGGAGAAGCAUAAAGCAGCAGAGAGGCAGGCUGAAGAGUUCAUUAAAGAUCUGGAGCAGGAAAUCACUGAGCUAAAGAGGAGAAACACUGAGCUGGAGCAGCUCUCACACACUGAGGAUCACCUCCACCUCCUACAGAUUUACCCGUCACUGUGCAGCCCUCCACACACCCAGGACUGGACUGAUGUCACUAUUAACACUCGUCUGAGUGUGGAGACUGUGAGGAGAGCUCUGUCUCAGAUCCAGGAGACUCUCAGUGAGGAAAUGGAGAAGCUUGAUGAGACUGAACUGAAGAGAAUUAAACAAUAUGCAGUGGAUGUGACUCUGGAUCCUGAUACAGCUCAUCCUCAACUCAUCCUGUCUAAUGAUGGGAAACAAGUUACACAUGGAGUCAAGAGACAGAAUCUCCCUGAUAAUCCAGAGAGGUUUGAUAAAUAUAUCAUUGUGUUGGGAAAGGAGGGAUUCUCCUCAGGGAGAUUUUACUAUGAGGUGCAGGUCAGAGGGAAGACUGAGUGGGAGUUAGGAGUGGCCAGAGAGUCCAUUAACAGGAAAGGGGAGAUUACACUCAGUCCUGAAGAUGGAGUCUGGUGUGUGUGGCUGAGGAAUAAGACUGAAUAUGAGGCUCAGGACUCUCCUCCUGUCUCCCUCUCCUUGAAACAGGCUCCUCAGAAGGUGGGGGUGUUUGUGGAUUAUGAGGAGGGUCUGGUCUCCUUCUAUGAUGUUGAUGCAAAGUCUCAUAUCUACUCUUUCACUGGUCAGACUUUCACUGAGAAACUUUAUCCAUACUUCAACCCCUGUCUUAAUGAUGAAGGUGAAAAUUCCUCACCACUGAUUAUCUGUCCUGUUAGUCAAAUAUAAUAUUAAUUUUAUUGUUUGUUUAUUUGUAUUGUAUUUAGAAUUUUGUGAUCAUCUGUUGUACAUUAUCUAGUCCUGUUUAUACUGUAGUGAAACAAUCACAGAAACAGCAACAUUAGUUACAUUUUAACUCUGUAAACUAAUGAGGUGUUCAAAUACGAGCAGUAUUGUGGAUAAUCGUCUCUCAUGCUCGGUCUCAACGCGUGUGCGUCCCUCAUAUAGUCAACAUCUGUGUACGCUUAUUCUGUUUACUAUAACACUGUGACCAUGUGUGUGUGUGUGUGUGUGUGUGUGUGUGUGUGUGUGUACUGUACACACUGUAAACCCUGCUAAGAUGAUUGUACUUAAACAAUUUGAGGCAACUGCUUUAAAAAAUUGACAGUAAAAAAAAUACAUUUGGUUAAUUAGAGUCAACUUAAAUGUAAAACAGUCAAAAUGCAACAUUUAAACUUAUACACACUUG